UAGUCAGAGCGUAUGGAGGUGUUGAUGGGGUGUGCAACCUCUCCGGGGGGAGGGAAUUAAAAUGGAAGGUGAAAUUCAGCUUCCCCCAAGGGAACUACCGUUCUGCCAGGCUGAUAAUCUAAAUGGAAUUCGAAUAAGGUCCCCCAAAUCCCCUGAGAAUGGAACCCCGACCUCAAUCCGCUACGUUUGCACAGUGAGCCCAGGGAGGGGAAGAGGAGGGCGGAGGGAGGGGCGGCGCGCAUGCGCCCGGAGUCACGCGCGUAUCCGGAGCUAGAGACUGGUUCCCUUCACCCAGGACCCCCGCCCCCUCUGCCGCGUAGCCAGCGAAGCCAAGCGGUGCGUGCUCGGGGCGGAGGCUGGGGGCCGGCUCCUCGGGGGGCUUACAGGGAGUGCACCUACUGCGCCGGGCCCCCCCCCCCCCCCCGGCUCCGUGCUGCUCUGGGGGCCGCGGCGGGGACGUUCGCCUUCGCUCGGGGCGUUGCAUUCCCUCGUCCGCCCCGCUUCGCCCGGGCUGCUCCGCCGCGGGUGCGCCGUCGCCAGCCCCCUGCCCGGGCCAGGCCAGGCCGGCCGGCCGGCGGGGAAAUGAGCUUCUUCGGCUUCGGGCAGAGCGCUGAGGUGGAAAUCUUGCUGAGCGAUGCCGAGAGCAGGAAGCGAGCGGAGCACAAGACAGAGGAUGGCAAGAAGGAGAAGUAUUUCCUCUUCUACGACGGGGAGACCGUCUCCGGGAAGGUGAGCCUCGCGCUCAAGAACCCCAACAAGCGGCUGGAACACCAGGGCAUCAAGAUCGAGUUCAUCGGGCAGAUAGAGCUCUACUAUGAUCGGGGGAACCACCAUGAGUUUGUGUCACUGGUGAAGGACUUGGCCCGGCCUGGUGAGUUCACACAGUCCCAGACCUUUGACUUUGAGUUCACCCACGUGGAGAAGCCCUAUGAGUCUUACACAGGACAGAAUGUGAAGCUAAGGUAUUUCCUCAGAGCCACCAUCAGCCGCAGGCUCAACGAUGUUGUCAAAGAGAUGGAUAUUGUGGUUCAUACACUUAGCACAUACCCAGAGCUCAAUUCAUCAAUCAAGAUGGAGGUUGGGAUUGAGGACUGUCUGCACAUUGAAUUUGAGUACAAUAAAUCCAAGUACCACUUGAAAGAUGUGAUUGUGGGGAAAAUCUACUUCCUGUUGGUGAGGAUCAAAAUCAAACACAUGGAGAUUGACAUCAUCAAGAGGGAGACAACUGGGACGGGCCCUAAUGUUUAUCAUGAAAAUGACACAAUAGCCAAGUAUGAGAUCAUGGAUGGAGCCCCUGUGAGAGGGGAAUCCAUCCCGAUCCGGCUCUUUCUGGCUGGCUAUGAGCUGACUCCCACCAUGAGAGACAUCAACAAGAAGUUCUCAGUGCGGUAUUACCUGAACCUGGUGCUGAUUGAUGAAGAGGAGCGACGCUACUUCAAACAGCAGGAAGUGGUGUUAUGGCGGAAAGGGGACAUUGUGCGAAAAAGUAUGUCUCACCAGGCAGCCAUUGCCUCCCAGCGCUUCGAGGGCACAUCCUCCCACUCUGAAGCUCGGACCCCCGGCCAGCUGUCUGACAACAAUAGCCGGCAGUGAGGCCUUUGGGCCAAGAAGCUGCUAGGCUUCACCCCUUGCCCACCCAACACCAGCUGCUCCAGGGGGAGGGGGCAAGGGAGCGUGAUGCUCUGCAGACACUUUAUACACAACCUGAGAAAACAAAAACAAAUUCCA